AUGUCCAAGCCAAUGGAAGAGGACAUCGUGGAGGACAUUCUCCAGCUGGAGGAAGAGAUGCACUUGGAUGACACUGGAGGGACCGGCGCCGCCCAACUGCUACCACCUCGGCCUCAAGUUAAGCUUUGUGUAGGAGGUAAUGUGUGCACGCCAUCCAUCUCCUGUCCACCACUGUACAUACCGUCCACCUCCUGCCCACCAUUUCAUCCCAUGAACAGCAAAGCCUGUCUCAGUAGUCCUGUGGCUUCGCUCCAACUGAAAGACAGACGAAGGAAACAAAGACGCAAUGUGUUUGAGCGAAAGAGAAGGUGUAUCAUCAAUGACAGAAUACGGGAGCUUGCUGCCCUGCUGCCCAGCAGCAACGAACAGCAUUAUGACCUCAUCUGUGACCUGCGACCCACCACUGGGCAAAUCCUGGAAGCUUCUGUGAAUUACAUCCAGAGGCUCAAAGUGGACAUGGAGCACCACAAGUUUAUGGAAGCAGAGCGACUGGCGUUGGAGCGAGAGAACCAGCGGCUGCGUGUUCGGGUAGAGGAGCUGGAGGAGCGGCUGCGGCCAGGAGUCCCGGCGCCCCCGCCACACCACACACUCCCUCACCCUUCCUAA